AUGACUUCUUCAACGCAGGAGGGCGCUCUUCAGCAGCGUCUCUCGACUUUGACCAUGGUUGCUAUGGCCUUUGCCAUUCUCAAUACAUGGAUUGCACUCGCUGGUACUAUGGCGUACAUUCUCCCUUCCGGGGGCUCUGUGUCGUUUAUCUAUGGAUUCAUAGUUUGUGUCCUUUGUAAUCUGGCUCUUGCUGCUAGUCUGGGAGAAAUGGCGGCACUUUGGCCAACUGCUGGUGGACAGUAUCACUUUAUGUACGCUCUUUGUACACCGAAAUGGAAACGGUCUAUGAGUUUCUUCGUUGGAUGGACCAACAUUGCCGGCUGGUUGACCAUCGUGACAACUCAAGCCUUCUUUGCUGCUCAACUAAUCUCCGCCGCAGCCGUCGUCGCUUCGAAUAACGCAUACGAGGCAACACAAUGGAAAACAUAUCUCUUCUUCCUCGCCAUCCUUACCUUUGGAACGGUCGGCAAUGUAUGGGGCAACAAGAUCCUGGGUCGUUGGAACGAUAUGGCUUUAUAUUGGUCCGUCCUCUCGGUUGUAAUCAUGAGCAUCAUUCUUCUUUCCAUGUCGCCGAAGACAGAUGCUCGUCAGGUCUUUACAGAGUUCAGAAAUGAGACUGGCUGGUCAGAUGGUGUCGCUUGGAUCCUUGGCUUACUCCAAUCUGCUUUGUCGCUCAUCGGGUUUGAUGUCGUCUUGCAUUUAACUGAAGAGAUGCCUAACCCAUCAAGAGAUGCACCUCGAGCAAUGAUGCUAGCUAUAGUCAUCGGCGGUGUCACCGGCUUCCUGUUCAUCCUCGUCAUCCUCUUCUGCCUCACAGACCCAGAAACGAUCCUAGCCUCCAACACAGGCAUGCCCAUCGUCGAACUCUUCCUCCAGAGCACAAAGAGUCGUGCCGCUGCAACUAUCCUAGCCCUUAUGCUAAGUGUCUGUUUCAUCAACGGCACAUCAGCCAGCAUCACCAGUGCCAGCCGUCUUCUAUACGCCAUGGCUAGAGACAAGGGUAUCAUCUGCCAUAACUACUUUGCGCAUAUUGAACCGAAACUCGACGUCCCGGUCCGCACAAUCACCUUGUGUUUCAUCUUCAACGUCCUCUUUGGGCUCUUGUAUCUUGGUCCUGCUGUGGCUUUCAGUGCUUACAUUGCUUCGUGCACUAUCUUCCUCAAUGUAUCGUAUGUCGGACCUGUCAUUGCCUUGUUGGUCAGAGGUAGAGGUAUCCUCAAGGAGUACCAGACAAGGAAGACACCAGCCAGGAUGGGCUUGAGGACUGGUGCUGUUGUCAAUGGCAUCGCAAGUGUCUUUGUCGUUGUCAUAACCAUCUUCUUCUGUUUUCCAACUGCCCUCCCCGUGUCAGCUAAUACCAUGAACUAUGUUUCCGCUGUCGUCGGCGUUUUCUACGUACUUCUUGCCUUGUACUGGAUGAUCUAUGGCAAGACCUUUGAAGGCCCUAACUUUGAGGCCAUCAUUGGACAGCCUUUACAGAUCAAAGGAGAACAUGAGACGGAAGCAGUUCAGGAGAAGUCUGAAACGUCAACGAAGGCUUGA